ACAUUGUUGUUCAGUCUCAGAAAUAGCCACAAAUGUAAAAGAAAACAUAUGCAAUUAAAACUUCAAAGUCGUCAAUAAUGGCUGAAAUAUAUUCUUCGGAAAUAUUACGCGUUGUUAUAGCUCAAAUAGCUCAAACUAUUGGAUAUAGCAAUACUCAAAGUGCGCCUUUGGAAUUGCUAGAAGACAUUUUGCUGAGGUUUAUACAGGAAUUGGCUCGCGAUCUUCACAGUCAAGCCGAACACGCAAAUCGCGUUGAGCCCAAUCUAAAGGAUGUUCAGCUGAGCCUGAAGAAUCUAAGCACGGAUGUCCACGAAUUACUCAACUAUAUUGGAAAUGUUGAGCCAGUUCCCUUCGUCAGAGAAGUUCCCGAAUAUCCAGUGAAGAGAAACUCGAAUUUGAAUUUCCUUAAACCCGGCAGUGCCGAAACUCUAACGCGACCAGUUCACAUCUUCGAAUACCUGCCACCAAUUCUACCCACAGACACGGAUGCGGCCAACUCGACUGCCAGAGGCGCUAACCAAUCGGAUCUGAGCAACGAUCAGGUUCCAUCUGGCUUGGAGGCUGCUCAUAAUACUUAUGGUCAUAAGAGUGAAGAUGUAAUGACCGAUUACGGCGACAGCAUAAAACCCUUGUCAUUGAGCACAACGUCCAGAGAUCACGUCGCCGAUCCCGAUGGACAUGCGGUACGGGAAAUCAGUAGCGUUGUCAUGACAACUGGAGGAUUCAUCUCGCCGGCUAUAGAGGGAAAACUGCCUGAAGCUUUCGUACCAGAUAUUAUUGAAAAAUGGAAAGGACUCGAUGCACCGCCUGCAUCACCGCCACCUACAAUACGGAACCCGAGAUCCCAUUGCCCACUGAAGCGUUCUUAUGGUGGAUUUCAAAGUGAACAUAGCACGGAUCUGAAUGCUAGUAAAGCUCAAGAGAAAGCACACCGCAAAGCACUGAGAAUGUUCCAAAAAAUGUCAAAUCAGGCAGAUAGCGACGGCAGCAGUAAGGGAAGCAACAACAUGUUGAAUCUUAAGAAAUCCAUGAAGAAUCUAAAUCGCGGAAUGUUGUCGUCAUUGCCGGACAAGUCAACGGAGCGGGCGCAACUCGAGAAACUGAUUAAAAAAGCAAACAAAGCAGCGACAAAAGCAACUAAAGAGUCAAAACAACAGCAGCAACAGCAGAGUCAGUUGCAAACGAUGACCAAGUCCACUGGUGCUGAAGGAUUUGCUGCAUUUGGUCUCACUCAAACCAUUCCAUUGGCUCCCAUUGUCUUGGACGAGAUCAAACUAGCCAGCGAACCGGACCGCAAUAAAUUGAAUAUUUUCAAAAAACUGUCAAAGCCAAAGGCAACAACGACGACAACGCCGACGUCGACGUCUAAGGUCCCAUCACCAAUGGGACAACUGAAUAUUGCGACAAAUUUGUUUGGAAAUGCUUCGCCAUUGAUAAGCCUACCAUCUGGGAGACAAUCUUCAACCAUUGGAUAUAGACCAACAUUUGAAUCGUCAGGGAAAACAGAAAAUAAAUCAAGUGGACUCUCCGUGCAACCUCUGCCCGAAUCUCACUUGGAGCGAAGCUAUUGCAAUGUGGCACCUUUGGUGCCCGAUUCGAUGAAAUUGACAUCUUUACAAAUGGAAGGGAGUAAGUCGCUCAAGUCGACGGAUCAGCAAGGAUCUGGUGAAAGUGGUGAACUCAAGGGAAAGGACAACAGUUACUCUUCGGUCUUAUCGAAAUAUUUGCCCAACAUUCAGGGAGCUGGCGUUGGAUUAUUGGGGUUAUCAUCGGUUGAUGCAUCGGUUGUGCAAAGUCAGGAAUCAACCAGCAGCAAAACAACAGUAAAACAGACGAAGACCACAGCUGGUACUGGAAAUCUUGGUGAUCCAAUUGAAGUCUCAGAUGAUUCAAACGAAGAUGAAUCCAAUACAGUAGGAAUAAUUAAAAGAGGCACAACCAAUUGGUGGACGGAAUCUUGCAACACCAGAAAUCAAGCAUAA